GGACACUUGCAGUUGCUAUGGGUCACUGACAACAAAGUGCGUCUUCCAUCAAGGUUUACAGCAAAACUGCAGGAGCAGCCGCGGCAGCAGCGACUGGUUUCACCCCGAAAUAGCAAGAAAUAGCAAGAUGUCGAGUUUUGUGUUAAACACAGUUUUCACGGACGCAGGCUGGGACGAGCGCUUCGCUCUGCCCGAGACCAACGCCGAGAACAGGGCGCUGAUAGAGGAGAUUCGUUUAAAGGAGACACAGCUGAAAAGACUGGAACACAAACUCGAGAGCAACAAGGAACAAAAGACGUUAAUGAGUGAAUUCCUCAAAAAUGGCAAACGAGAACUGGAGAAUACAGCGGCUCUGUGUAAGGCCAAGGAAAGAGAAGAAGAGAUGGAGAAACACCUGACAGCUCUCGCAGAGAGGGAGUCCGGUCGCCUGGCACAAGAGACUGCCCACAUGGAGAAUGAGCUCCGGUCUCUAGCUGAGAGGAGAAACAUGCUCGAGAAUCACAUCUUCAAGACCAAACAGAAGCUGGAGGAGUUCAGGAGCCAGAUGAACUGGGACCAGGAGACCAUGGAUGCCUUUUUGGAGGAAUCGGCGUGCAAAGACGAGCACACGAUGGCCAUCAUCAAGUAUGCCCAGCAGGAUGAGCAGAAGAUCAAGUCACUUUCUCUGGCCAUAGAGAAGAAGGCAUUGGAGGCUCACGACAAGCGCAAAGCACUCGACAAAGAGUUGACUGAGACUGUAUCUGCACAGCUUGCUCUGGAUAAGACUACAGAGAAUUUAGAGCAGACGCACCUGGAGACACAGCAGCUCAUUCACCAGUGGGAAAACACCAUCAAGCUGAUGAAGCGACGUGAUGCUGACAUGCAGCAGUGUGCACUGCAACUUGCCCAAGCCAACCAGAACAUACGGGAGAGGAAUGCUGCUGUUACAGAGAAGAAGCACCUGCUGGAUACUCAGAGGAGAAACAACAAGGAAGCUGAGAGGAAGAUAACAUUAGCCCAACGCGUGGCUGUCAAACUGCGGCAGGAUUUGAAGGAGCAGGAGAGUAACUGCAGCAGGCUGCAGGACGAGUUGGACAGUUGCAAGGGCACACUAGACAAGGCUAACUCCAGUGUGGAGUCUGUGACAGCCAACAUAUCCAAAAUGAAGAAAAACAUUCAGGAUAACAACCACAAACUCAGUGAGGCCAGGGCCUACAAUGCUGCACUGGAGGAGAAACUUAAAGUUGUCACUCAGACUGUCCUGAGUGAGGAGGAGAGAGCUGCACAGAUGGACCAGUUUCUUAAGGGUGAGGAGCAGGCGAUCAAGGAGCUGGAUGUGCAGCUGCAUGACUGCAGAGAGGAACUGUUCCGUCAUAAAAACCAUUUGCAGACCCUUAAGGCCAAGGGGAAGGAUUCUGAGGCCCAUGUAUCGAGGAGCAGGUCCACGAUCGCCAGCCUGAAGAGCCAGCUCACAAAAGUGGAGAAGGACUUAAUGAAACAGCAGAUGACCAUUAAUGAGCAGGACUCCAAGAUCAUCUGCCUGAGUAGGAAACUGGCACGGCUGCAAGGUGACAUUCAAGUGGAUGAAAAACAAAUGCUGGACAUGAAGAUUGCAGAGUUGACCCAAGCCCUGGAGGAGAAGAAGAAGACUGCACACAUGUUAACCAACACACUCAAGGAGUCUGAAGAUGACAUUCGCUUUUUGAGAAAAGAAAUGGAAAAGUCUAAAUGUCAGAAGAGAGCUAUGACAGAGAAGGUGGAGGAGCUCAUGCUACUCAGUGACACGAAUGACAAGGAGCUGAAGAGACUGCGACUCAGAAAGCAGGACGACAUGGUUGAGCGGAACAUGGUGAAGUUAGAGGUCAAACGUGUCAGAGAUCUGCUGUACAACAAGGCGGAUACUGUGCUGUCUCUGGAGAAGAGGAGGCUGGAGCUUCAGAGAGCCAUGAAGGAGAGGGUGGAGGAGAUCAAGGUCUUCAGAGAGAUGCUCGGCCAGAAGUUCAAGAUCACCGAGCAGGAGAGACAGAGACUCAGUGCUGAAAUGAACGAGAAACUGUCCAAGAUCGACCUGACAAAGAAACGUUUUGAGGUCGCGACACUUUCAAUGGCAGCUCCUGAGGGGGAGGAGGACAAGUCGCAGGCUUACUACAUCACAAAGGCUGCACAAGAGAAAGAGGAGGUGAGGCAAAAGGGAGACAGUCUCGAUGCUAAAAUACGCAAGAUGGAGCUGGAGAAUAGAGCACUGGAGAACACCGUCCUGCUAUUCAACAACAGCAACUCGACAUUUCGCAAAUCUCUCAACAAAGUAAAUGAAUCGAGUCCAGAAUACCAAGAAAAACUGAAGUUAGAGGAGCAGCUGAGGACAUCAGAAGACACACUGAAGUACAAGAAAAGACAAGUCCAAGAGCUCCAACAAGACAUACAGGACAUGAACAAUACGUUGGCAGGUCUGCUGCAAGAAGAGCAGCUGGAGAAGGGAAAGAUCGAGCACAAACACUCACUCAUUGCUAAAGUGAACAAAGAACUCGCUUCACAGCGACAGAAAAUGGACAGAGCAGCAAAACAGUGUUCUAAGUUGACCAAAGAGAUCCGCUCAGCAAAAAACACCAAGACUGAGACUUUUGAAGAGAAGGACCUGAAACUGAGGGAAUUGAAAGAAUUCAAUAGGAGCAUUGGAAAGAUGCUGAAUGAGACCCUGGAGGACAAGCCUGAUCUCAGAUCAGUGAUGGAGAAAUACUUCCUGCAGGCCAAUCUGUCUCUUCCGACUCCUUCCUCUACUCCGACCAGCCACCGGAGUUCCAAGGCGAACUCUGCCCGCAGCUCUGCCUCUCUCAGAUCUCCUUCAUCCUCAGCCAGCAACAGCCCCAGGGCCUCUGCAUUUCAUUCGCCCGCAUUGAAGACAGUGGAGCUGGGCUUGGACAUGACAGUGGCCUCCCCUCCUCUCACCAUGUCCAGACGUUCCAGCUCUGCAAACAGCGGCAGCUGCAGCAGAAAGCUGAAGAACAACUGAACAACGUUACAUGAUGGACACGAUUCUGAAUUUGUAUUUAACCAAUUCUAUUGUUGGCUUUAAAUGUGUUAUUUGUAUCUGAUAUGAAAACUUGAAAAUAAAACAUGAUACAUCAUAACUCGCUGCUACACUUAAAACUGUGGUGUGCAACAAUUAAGUAUAUACUAUGUACAGUAUAUAGAUAUAUCGGUUAGAAUCAAACUUCCGCAAACUCUCUGUGUUUCUCAGUGUCAUAGGACUGGAUAAUGAAAGGGUGUGAAAAUGACUUCUUUAAAGUUGUGUGACAGCAGCAGCAAAGUCUUUCACCUUCUUUAAAUUCAUAUUUCAUUUAUUUUGUAGACUCUGAUGGCGAGGUGAACUUUGUAUUUCACUGGCUUUCAAUGAAGUGUCACUUCCUGGUGCAUGACAGAAGCAGCCAGAGAUUCUAUGGGAGCAGAAGUUGCAUUUUCAUACAGAUUUUAUUCUCUCAAAGAAACAUCAACAUGCUGCUGCUAAUGAUGAUUCUGGUUUCUGGAUGUUUGGCUUCAUGUGCAGCACAGACAUCAUCUUUGGACACGUCAACCACGGCCGAUCCCCCCACGACUCCCUCAAUCCAGGCAACAGCUGUCCUGCCCACGUCUGAUGUCAGGAACAAUCCUGUGGCGAUCCUUCAGACAGCUGUUCGAUCCAGUCGUGAGCUAAAUGAAACAGUUGGUCCAGUUUUAAACAAGCUCUAUGACAUCAUCCACCAGCUUCAACCACAUCUGAACUUCACCCUGACUGUGAGGAACGUCACUGGAGUCUGAGUGUGUUUCUGAGUUUGCUCACUCGCUCCACGCAACAGAAAUCAGACUGUAUGUUAGUUCAUUGAUGAUUGAUGCCAUUCUAGUUUUGGGCACUAGGGGGAAACAAACGGUUAGAGCUUGACGAUUGGACCCGAACUCUUCUGUGAAACUUUAAGUGGACUUUCACUAUAAUGAGACUGAAAUAAAAACACUCAGGGAAUUACUCUCUCUGAAAGAAAGUUUAUUUUUAUUUACCUUUCACUGCCCAGCAACAGCUGAUGAAACCUCAGUGCAGUAAAGUAAACAACAAACAGCAGUAUAAUUAUUUGUUUUUUCGAUUUUUGCCCAUUUUCAUCUGAAUCUUACACACUGUAGCUUUAAUGACACGCAGAGCUAGUUAGAGCCGCUUUAAGAAUUCUAACUUCUAAUAUUUCUUUGUUUUGUUGACAUGUAAUUCAUUCAUAUAAGGAGGUUACAUUUCUGUGUGCCUUUUUCUUUCGUUACAUUUACGUAAAACAACAUUUCCUGGUUAAAAAGAAAAAGUGUAAUAUAAUUAAAUAACAACAAUAUUAAAAUAUAUAGUAUAGGAGUUAGUUUUAUGGUAAUACCAUGUUAUUUUCUAUGCUAUUUCUAGUUCGGUAAAUGUAAUUGUGCAGUAAUAAGUGAUAACUACCAUGAUAAUGCAUUUUAUUUAAAGGCGACUUUCAGAACUCAGAGCAAUAGAACAUGGAUGAAACAGGAUAUAUCUAAAAUAUAUAACAUAAAACAGAGACGAAAAUAAGAACAGAUGGGUAGUGUGGAGUGGGAUCAUGAGUGGACGGUGGAUGGGACAAUAAGAUGGAGAGAGGAAGAGGAGAAAGAGGAGGAGGUGAGGUUAUGGAGGACAUUGAAUGUGUACAGAAGGAUUUUGAAUUCAAUUUCGGAAGUAGAACAGGGGUGACAUGGUGAAUAAAGGGGGUUUAGGUGGUUAUUCGGGCAGCAGUUUGUGUCGUCAUUUACUAUAAUAAUCAUUAGGUGAUAGCUUGGAAGUGAGAAUUAUUGCAGACUGCCAUUAACGUUCGACCGUCACAUGAAAGUGUUUCAGAAUUGGUAAUUACGACUAUGAUAAUGUAAACCUUAUGUUUUACGUCCCAUUUCCAUUAGUAUUAUUACCAGGCUGUAGAUAUAAGAUGGUAUUACCAUAAUAUAACUUUCCUGUUACAAAAUGAUGGCCUCACUGUUACCAUAUUAUUUCUGUACUUUAUUGUAAAGUGUUUCUGAUUGUAUAACUUUUAGAAAUAAAUGAUUGAUGUAGGAAUAACAAUACUCUGUUAACUCAGAA